AUGUGCUAUAUAUCAUUCCUGGUCUGGAUGAGAACUAUGGGACAGUGGACCAUGACAGCAUCAUCAAACAGCUCCACCUUGCUCGAGAGCGCUUCGAGAGCGUUUGUGCGGGAGGGCCAGGCCAUCGCGCAGGAACGAUUGGGACCGCAGGGAACGCCACACGAUCUCGUGAGAAGAUGCCACGACGGAGAGAGGGUCACCACCAAUCAGUAA